ACCACCACCACCACCACCACCCCUCACCCAAAACCUUUACUUACCAAACACCCCAACAGCGUUUCCCCCACGACAAAAACAUCCCAAAAUGACCCGCGUCGGACCAACAACCACCCAGACCACCCCGCACGGGGUGAUCGAGAUCCAAAUCAUGAGCGGCGGCCCUCUCAACCUCGUGGUGCUCCGGACCCAGGACCCCCGCUUCGAAGUCGAUGACUGGGCACCGGCCCUCCAGCUGCUCCACGAGCAGUGGAGGCGCAGGCGCCAGGACGAGCACCUCGAGUGUCGCGACCAGCCGAUCGGAGGGAUGAUCUGCGUCGGACGUUACAUUCGACUGUACAUCGAACCCUUGACUGCGGACGGCCACGGCCCGGCCCGGCGCUUCGAGUUCCAGGGCCGCAACGAGUUCGACGACUUCGGGCCGCACGUGCAGCCCUCCGAGGGGAUGCCCCCAAUCCAUUUCCUGGAGUUCAUUCGCACUGUGCGCGCGGCCCGUGUUGAACGUGCUGUGUCGCAGCCGGAGGCGGAGGGUGAUCUGAAGUCCGAUACGAAGACCGGUCUUCAAUUGAUCGGUUUGCAAUUGGAAGUGUUGGAGUAUGUAAAAUGGCUUAGCCUGGAGCACUUUGAGUCUGAAGGUGAAGUGAAGAAGGGGGAGGAUGAGGAGGAGGAGGUGAAGAAGGAGGAGGAGGACGAGAUUGAGAUGAAGGAGGUGAAGAAGGAGGAAGAGGAUGAGGGACAGGCAUGUUAGGGAUGUCAGUGCCCUUCAUAGCUCGUAGCUUUUAGCGCACAUGUUCCUUUCUCUUUCUCUCCUUUUCUAACGUAACAAAAGACCAAAAAAAAUGAUAGUCUGAGAUAUUAUAUAUUAAAUCAAUAUAAAUGCUCACAAAG